AACUCCAUUCUUUCUCUCUCUCAUUCUUAGAUCCAGAGUAUAUGAAGAAGAUGACGAAGCUAACAGCGCUAGUGUUGUUUCUUUGUACCAUCUUUCAUGUUGGCCUCUGUCGUCUCAUCACUGACGGAUUAGUGCCAAAUGGUAACUUCGAACGAGGCCCAAAACCAUCACAGAUGAAAGGAAGCAGAGUGAUUGAUCCUCACGGGAUACCAAAAUGGGUGAUCUCAUCGGGGUUUGUGGAGUACAUAAAAUCAGGUGAAAAGCAGGGUGAGAUGGUGCUGGUGGUGCCCCAAGGUUCGCAUGCAGUGAGGCUGGGUGAAGAUGCAUCCAUCACAACCACUGUUCGGGUCAUCAAAGGAGGCUAUUACUCCCUCUCCUUCACCUUCGUCAGGACUUGUGCCCAAGAAGAACGUUUGAACGUGUCAGUGUCCCCUAACUCUGAGCCAAAUGACUGGGGAAUCUUGCCAUUGCAAACCAUGUAUAGCAGUACGGGGUUUGAUACUUACUCCUGGGCUUUCUUGGCGGAGUCUAACAGAGUUCAAAUUGUGCUCCACAAUCCCGCCCGAGAGAAGGACCCUUCUUGCGGCCCAAUCAUUGAUUCAGUCGCUCUCAAGCUUUUGAACGCUCCUAGAAGGCUAAGAGGCAAUAUGCUGAAGAAUGGUGACUUUGAAGAGGGACCAUACAUCUUACCCAACACAACUUGGGGAGUCCUAAUUCCUCCCAACAUCGAGGACGAUCACUCUCCACUGCCGGGUUGGAUCAUCGAAUCUCUCAAGGCCGUAAAGUACAUAGAUUCAAAUCACUUCUUGGUUCCAUCAGGAACAAGAGCCGUGGAGCUGGUUGCAGGAAGGGAAAGUGCGGUGGUACAGAUAGUGAGGACUAUACCAGGGAAAGUGUAUGAGCUAAUGUUCUCAGUUGGAGAUGCCAACAAUUCAUGCGAGGGAUCAAUGGGUGUGGAGGCAUUUGCUGGGAGGCUCACCCUUCAAGUGCCCUAUCAAUCUAAGGGAAAGGGCGGCUUCAUACGAGCCAACCACCGCUUCACAGCUGUCUCAACUCGGACUAGGAUUAGGUUCUUGAGCUCAUUCUAUCACAUGAAGAGUGAUCAUUCUGGCUCUUUAUGCGGCCCUGUGAUUGAUGAUGUCAGGUUGGUUGGUGUUCGCCAUCCAACAAUUCAUCACUCAUAGAUUAUUAUUAUUGCAGCAUUUCCAGCUUCCAUUCCAUCGGCCUGUAAUAGAAUUAAUUAAGUCAAAAAUGUGUAAUUGUGUACUGUUACUAAGAUCUUCCAUUCCAUGUUACAGAUCAGAAGCAAAUAUAUAUGGUUUCUUUCUUUCUGCCUCUGAAAAG